UGCGAACCAUAACUCAGAUGCCAUUUGUGGAUUGCAAUGACCUCGGUCAUGUCGACCGCUAAGACCGCCGUCAAUCCCAUGCUCCAUUCCCACGGGCACGAGCCGACGAGCUCACUAUCCCAUCAGCAAGCCCAGCCGACUUACCACCCGGGCGCCACAGACGUCGAUGCGCUUCCGCACACUUAUGGGGAUCCGUCGGUAGACUAUGGUAACACUUCAAUCUCUCCCGUUGGCUCUCGGCCGACCAGGUUCACCGAGGAGUGGGAUGCGAGCCAGCGCGGUAGCUCCAUUGUCGACGGCCCGGGACUCGGAGGCUUGCAACGGUCUACCUCAUACUCUGGUCAUGCGAGCGGUGUCAGGGGGGACGGGGCAACGACUAUGUCCCGUGGGAAUACUCUGAGAAAGAAGGCGUCGCUUCGGAAAAGCGCGAGCUUGAAGCGCAGUGGGAGCCGUCGGAGUAUGAAAGCGGGGAGCGUUCGGAGCUUGGCCCUCCAGUCAUCCACAGAUCAGGACGAGAUGCACAGCGCCUUCUACUCCCCCGUCCCGACCGGGGCCAACCCGACCGAGGUUCUUGCGACUCGCUUUCAAGCUUGGCGCAAGAUUCUCAAAGAUCUCAUCACCUACUUUAGAGAGCUACAGACACACUACGAGCACCGGGCGAAGUCGCUUCUGAAGCUGUCCAAUGUGCUGAAUAACACGGCGACACCGCCAGGCUUCCUCGCGUCUGGUGGCCUAGACGAUGCGCUGCAGAUUUUGAGGGGACACAAUAAGCAGGCGAUCGCCGAGGCCAACAAAGCCAGGGAGAUUGAAGAGGACGUCAUUCUGGCUCUUACCGGGUUACGGAGUGACCUUCAGCAAAAGAUCAAGGAGAUCAAGAAUCUCUCAGGGGACUUCAAGAACUCGGUUGACAAGGAAAUGGAGAACACUCGCAGGGCCGUGAACCAGCUUCAGGAGGCGCUCGGUCAGACCGAGCUCGACCCGUCCCUAACCGUCGGCAAACAAGAUCCUUACCUAUUGAGACUUAUUGUAGACCGGCAGCUGGAAAGGCAGAUUGAUGAAGAAAAUUACUUGCACCAGGCUUACCUUAACUUGGAGAACUCUGGGAAGGAGCUCGAGUCCAUUGUUGUGGGCGAGAUCCAGAAGGCGUAUAACGCGUACGCCGGCAUCCUCAAGAGGGAAUCUGAUGCCGCCUACAAUGCCAUCGAGGAGCUUCGUACAGGGCCCAUCUCCAUGCCCAAGGAUGGAGAAUGGACGUCAUUCAUCCAGAGGGACGACCGCUUCGUGAACCCUGAUCUCCCCAUGCGCUCAGCUGAAACGAUCCAUUACCCCGGUCGCGACCACUACGCGUGCCGGGAGAUCCGAGCAGGGCUCCUGGAGCGCAAAAGCAAGUACCUGAAGAGCUACACACCCGGAUGGUACGUUCUCUCUCCAACUCAUCUCCAUGAGUACAAGUCGGCAGAUAAGACGCAAGCGCCUGUCAUGUCGCUCUACCUUCCCGAGCAGAAACUAGGAUCCCACUCGGCCGCCGGCAGCUCGUCGAACAAGUUCGUCCUCAAGGGACGUCAGAUCGGGACAAUGCAUCGUGGCCACAAAUGGGUCUUUCGCGCCGAGAGCUAUGAUACAAUGAUGGCCUGGUACGAGGACAUCAAGGUCGUGACAGAGCGAACGCCGGAGGAGCGCAACAACCUUGUACGUGCCAACAGCCGGAGCAUCAGCCGGUCGUCACAAAGAUCCUCGGUCAGCAGCGACGGAGUCGAGGAUGUAGAGGAACCACCGUUCACGACCACCGCGGCUUCGGUCAACCAGCAGCAGCCAAGACCAGACAGUUCCUCACGACGUCCUUCAGGUGGGCGGUUCCCAUCCGACCUCCAGGUAAACGCUCAGCGAGGCUUACACGUUCCCGUCUCACCAGUUAGCGUGAGCUCCGGAAGUUUCAACCAACAAUACCCCUUCGCAACGUCCGUCUCUCCGUCGAGCGAGUUCGGGCAGUAUCCGCAUGGCAGCCAGGAAGCUGGCCGUGCACGCGGUAGCGAACGAGGUGACUUGCAGCACGCGUCUACUGCAGAUGGUCUUGCCGAAGGGUCUGUGCCAUUCCCUAGCUCUGUCGCUGCUGCUGCACCUCAGAGGCACAGGCCAAUGCCGCAGGAGCCAGGCCGGGCAAGCGUGUCAUCGGCCACAAGGCACGGGGCGUCUUCGCUUGACACGAGAUAUGAGGGACCGAUAUGGGCGGAACCCGUGCCGAUUCCACCACCACAACAACACCAGCCAAUCUUUCCGACAAGAAAUGGUGCUGCAAGCGAGGCCUACGACUCCCAGGGUGCUGCAACAACCAUGAGCGGCGGCCGCAGUACUAAGAACGCCGAGCCUAAGACUUCGCACGGCGGUGGGGUUGCUGUUCAUGGGGUGAGCCGGGGUAUGACCGAGGACGCGACCGCAGCUCCGCCGCGAGUUAUGGUCCGAACCGACAGUGUUCCGACCAUUUCCCAUCUCCAUGUUCCAGGCGAAUAUCCCAACGGUUCGUAUGCGGCGGCACCAUGACCCACGUGGCCGGUGCAGGUUAUUACACUGGGGUGUGGACGUCAUACAUUUGGGGAACGUGGUUUCGUAUAGCGACAUAUCAAUUCAUUUCUAAGCCGAC